AUGCCGACCACAUUGGACGUGCAAAACUUCGGCCAGGUUCAGCAAUGGGGCCACCAGCAAGUGCCGCAGAACAUGUAUCGUCCUCCAAACAUUGUCCCGCCCACACCGAACAGCUUCGAAUUGCAGGGCAAUGCGCGUCAUUACAUGUCCCAGCACAUGGAGUCGGGCGCGGGCCCCUUCUUUGACCAACAUCGUCGCUUGAACAAGGACGACAACAUGGCCUUCACUCCUCUUGUAUCGCCAGCAGUCACACCGCGGGACUCGACUUUCCAUCCCAUACCCGAGUACACGAUUCCGGGCGCCUACUUCAGUCCACUCACGUCGCCAGCCUUGCACGCGCAGCAGCAGCAACAGCAUCAGCAAACCCGUAGCUACGCCCACAACCAGUACACGAAUCCAACGACGGCCGACAGCUCGGCUGCCGCUUCGCCGCUUGACCUCAACAUGGACAUGGACACGGCAAAGGACAUGACCGAAGCUGCUCCCCGCAGAAGCAGAAGGAAAGCGCAACCUCCCCAUUCGGCUGGGCCAGCUGCGCGCGUGCGACAGUCGCCAAUCGUCAAGGGUCAGAGACGCCGGUCGGCUCACCUCUCGACCAUCAUCCCCCCGCGUGAAGUCAACAACAUUCUGCUCGAAGCCCAGAGCCAGGCCCAAGGUGCUCGCACUCCGUCGGCUGAGUACAUGCCAUUCGAGAGCUCAGGCGCAGAGUCGAUUUCUCCUGAAGCAUUACCCGAUUUGCUCAUGGGUCCUCCGCCUCUCCCGGCCUCUGCAUACCACUCGCCGGCCCUCCAUCCUCAGACACAGUCUGCCCCUGCUUCAACCGCUAUCCACUCGCACCAACCGCCUUGCGAUCCAUGUCCAGCUACACCUGCAUCAUUAAUGUCUAUUAGGAAGAGCCAGCAGCAGAACGGGACCAAUCAUACUGCUGGUCCACACCCCGGCUCAGGCCAGUUCCAGAUCCAAUCUCAGGAUUCGACCGGUAUGCUUGAAGACCUUGCUCUGCCUCCUGCUGCAGCCGGUCCUACUCGUCCGGCUUUGAACAGGAUAGUUACCACCGUCCCAAGCGAGACCACUCCACGUUUGGCUCCCAAGGGUACCCCCCGAUUGGCACCAUCACAAUCUCAUGCAUCGAGCCCUUCGUUGGCAGCCAAUUAUUCACCUGCCAUUGCGCCUACGCCAUCGUUCUCGGGCAAGAAGCCAGACCCAAAACGAGCCCAGGCUGCAAAGAAGCGUGGCAGCGUCAGUACCUCGUCUGCUCUUGUCAGCCCAGCUAUCCGUCCAAAGAUCAGUCCUAGCAUCAAGCCUUUGCUACCUGAAGGAGGUAUCGAGUCCCAGCAAGCGCUUCUUCUCGCUUCAAAGUCAAACUAUACUCAUCUUCUGGAAGGCACUCGUUUACCUGGUGUCUCAUAUCCAGAGUCGUUGUCCAUGGGUCUGACAUCGAAACGUACCUCGCACAAGAUCGCCGAGCAAGGUCGUCGCAACCGAAUCAACGAGGCCAUCAAAGAGAUGCAAACCCUUCUCCCCAAACUCAAGGGCAAGGCCAGAGCGGAAGAGAUUGCAGAGGAAGAGGAGGAGGCCAAUGCCAAAGAUGGCAAAGGCAACAACACAGCAGAGGGCAGAAGUGCCAACUCAAAGGCUGCCACCGUCGAAAGCGCCAUUGAUUACAUCAAAAUGCUGCAGCAGGAGAAGAACCUCGCUUUUGAGAUGCUCAAGAAGAAAGACGAAGAGAUGGCGGCGUUGCGAAAGCAAUUGCAGGCUGCUGACAUCAACAUCACAGCCACUGACUCGGCCAAUGACUCGGCCGUCGCGAGCAGUGGUGACGAGAACAGCGCCGAGCCUGAGAAGAUGGAAGGCGUCAGCGCCACGCCGUAA